AUGGAUUUUUUGCAAUUAAUGGAGGGUACUAAUGUUACAUAUUUAACACUUGAUGGACAUGUGGCUUUAAACAAUUAUAGAUAUGUUUAUUUCUCAAUUACUCUUACAGUGUACAUAUCAAUUAUUGUGUUUAAUACUAUUAUAAUUUUUGUAAUAUUUAUUAACAGACAUCUCCAUGAGCCCAUGUAUAUUUUCAUUGCUGCGUUGCUUUGUAAUGCUCUCUCUGGAGCAACAGCUCUUUAUCCUAAACUGCUCAUUGACUUGCUGUCUGAAAAACAAAUUGCUUCUUAUUCAGGCUGUUUAUUUCAGGCUUUCUAUGUUUAUUGGUAUGCUUCUUCAGAGUUUGCCUUGUUAUCAGCUAUGGCCUAUGACAGAUAUGUGGCCAUCUGUAAACCACUGCAUUAUACAGCUCUUAUAAACAUGAGAACUGUCAAAAAGCUUUUAUGUUUAUCAUGGCUUUUGCCUUGUUGUGAAAUUGGUACAGGAGCUUUACUCAUAUCCCAGCUUCAGCUAUGUGAAUUUAAAUUAAAACGAAUAUACUGUCAUGGUUACUCAAUUAUCAAAUUAGGCUGUACAGAAGUAUCUCUUAAUUAUUUAUAUGGAAUUUUUAUUUUUUGCAUUGCUGAAUUUCCACCACUGAUCUUCAUAUUUUACUCAUAUGUUAAAAUAAUCUUUGUGUGUUUAAAAAAUUCAAAGGAUUUCAGAAGAAAAGCUUUACAAACAUGUUUACCACAUCUACUAAUUUUUAUAAUUUUUUUUGUUAAUACAUGUUUUGAAAUUAUAAAUUCCAGAGUAGACUCUAAUCAGAUUCCUCACAUUAUUAUCAUGAUCCUGUCAGUUGCAUAUUUAUUAAUUCCUCCUUUAUUCAAUCCCAUAAUAUAUGGAUUAAAACUGCAAGAGAUUUUUAAAAUCAUUAAGAGACUUGUUUCAUGGAAAAAUUGGACCAAGGUUUAUUUUAGGCAGAAGCAUGGAGAGCAGCCCGCCACCUCUACUACUGCCAUGGUGCGAAAUCUGCUGCUGGGCACCUUCGACUUGGAGACUCGAAGCUGCAACCUGAAUGGCGAAGUGGAGACAGAAACCAAACUCUACCACCUGCGGCAGGGUGGAUCUUCUGUGAGCCGUUAUACAGCUGAAUUUCGAACCCUUGCUGUGCAGACCAACUGGGGGGAUGCUGCGCUCCGGACAUCCUUCUACGGGGGACUGGCUUCACGGAUAAAAGAUGAGCUCGCCAGGCGAGAGUUGCCCGCCACACUGAAAGGGUUGAUCCAGCUCGUCCUCCGUAUUGAUCAGCGCCUUCUCUCUUGCCCAAAGCCAGCCCCGAGGACCCUGCCGCAUGCACCCACCUUCUCCUAUGCCACACCACGACAACCUACAGCCUUCACUACCACUACUCUUCAACCACUUCCCAUUCCUCGAUGGCCCUGGAUGCACAUCUCCCUGGACUUCAUCACGGGCCUGCCGGAAAAAUACCAUCCUCACUAUAAUCAACCGGUUCUCCAAAGCAGUACACCUGGUGCCCCUUACCAGACUCCCAUCAGCCAAGGACACCGCCAAGCUGAUAUUGGAACAUGUAGUCCGACUGCAUGA